AUGACAACCGCCAAAGGCAUCACCGUUUUCAGCGGCGGCAGCGCAGCCAACGCCCUCGUCGAAGUCUUCGAAGCCGUGCGUACCACCAAAUCCUGCCCCCUCAACUACAUCAUCCCCAUCUCCGACAACGGCGGCUCCUCAAGCGAACUUAUCCGCGUCUUCGGCGGGCCAGGCAUCGGCGACGUGCGCUCGCGCCUCGUGCGCCUGAUCCCGCGCUCCGAUCCGCCCUCGAUCGAGAUGUCGGCAAUCUCCAACCUGUUUAACCACCGCCUCUCGAGCACAUCGGCCGCCGACGCCGCGGCCAGCUGGCAGGCCAUCGUGUGGGGCACGAGUCCCCUGUGGCGCGACAUCCCCUCUGCGAAGAAGGAACUCAUCCGCGCUUUCCUGAACGCGCUGAAUCUCGAAGUCGUGAAACGGGCGAGGCCCCCUUCGUCGACGUUCGACUUUACCUCGGCGAGUGUCGGGAAUUUGUUCCUCACGGGGGCGCGGCUGUUCAGCGGCAGCUUCGAGUCGGCGAUUUACUUGCUGAGUUCGAUCUGCGCGAUUCCGGACGACGAGGUGCGCGUGAUUCCGAGCAUCAAUUCGAAUUUCUCGCAUCAUAUCGCGGCGGGUCUCGCGAAUGGGGAGGUCAUCGUCGGGCAGAAUAAUAUCUCGCAUCCCGAGGCGCGGACGAAGUUGGAGAUGCCUGCCGUGGUGGAAGUGGGAGGGGAUCCACCGUCGCUAUCGCCGUCUACAGGCGGAGACGAAUCCGAAUUGCGCGUGCUGCACCAUGGAUCCGCCGACGACAUCGAGGACGCGCAUAUCCCUGGCACGCUGCCUACGCUACGCCAGCGGAACAUCAAAUUCUCCAAGGAUCACGACGAGGACCUGCCGGCCCGGAUCGAGCGCAUAUGGUAUAUCAACCCGUAUGGACAGGAGAUGCUGCCGCCCGCGAACCCGCGGGUGCUGUCUGCGAUCAAGGAAUCUCAGGCUAUCAUCUAUUCGAUUGGCUCACUUUACACGUCUAUUGUCCCGUCGAUUGUGCUCAAGGGGGUCGGGGACGCGCUGCGCUCGACGCCCGCGCGCCACAAGAUCUUGAUUCUCAACGGGUCUCUCGACCGCGAGACGGGGCCGAGUUCCAACCCCUUCUCGGCCUUCGAUUUCGUCGAGGCAAUUGCUCGGGCGGGCGAACAUUCGUCAGGUCGGCCGUGGCGGCCAAAGCUUCAUGCCUCGCGGUCCGAGGAGACACUGAGGUCUUCAGCCCCGCCGACUCCUGCAGCGACUCGGCACGGCGGGUUUUUGUUCCCUGCUGCUGCAACGAACGGGGUGGCCUCGCACAUGCCGAAUCACGACCCGUCCCGAGACGCCGUCUAUCGCAAAUAUGUGACGCACGUGAUCCACCUGUCUGGGGAGGGCACGCCGCAGGUGGACCGAAGCCAUCUCGCCUCGCUGGGCAUUGACUGCCUAAAGCUGUACGGUCGAAAGAGCUCCAAGGGCGUCAUGCUGUACGACUCGCAAGCUCUGAUCGGAGCCAUCGAGGCAAUUCUGGGGAAGAAGGGCGACGCAAUGACGCUGGCCAAGAGUCGGAGAAACACCGUCGACUCGAACGGGUUUCCACAGGUGCAGCAGGAGGCAAAAGCGAAUGCCCUAACACCUCCCUGA